ACACUAGGCGCCUCCACGCCUGGGCAAGCCGGGCGCGGGUAACCCUAAUUACUUCAUCGCUUCUGCUUCGGGAAAUUGCUCUGGGAAAUUAAUUGAAGCAACUGGAACUUUUGACGGUGGCACGGGGGCAGCACGGUAUGGAAAUGAACCGAACGCCGCCACAUCGGGCAGAAGACGACGGCGCCAUCGACCUUUUCCACUGCGUCCAAGGGGUGUGUGUGUGUGUGUAGUGACCGAUUGGUGUUAAAUGGUGGGCUCCGUUUCCUUCGGUCUGAGGCUUACCAUCAGUGAAAUUCAUCCUUGGCAGUGCGUACUUACGUCUGUGUGGUAGUGUGUGUAUCGUCUCGUGUGAAACUGGGAAAACUACUUACAUAGUGUCGUGAAUUUUGUGUGCGUGUGUAUGUGUGUGUUUCUGUGAGAACGUGUUUGUAACAGUGUUUCGAUGCGUGUGUUGUAUGUGCUUCAAGGUGUUUGUGCUGUGUGCGUGCGGGUAUAAAGUGUUGGCAAAGUGCGUACGGUGAAGCCUUCGUUUUCGCGUGUACACAAAUGGCACUACUCCAAAGUUCGAUCGUUACUACGACAGCAGCAGGGGCAACAACAGCGUAGUGGUAGUGGCCAUAGUAGGCGACUUAGUGGCUAGUGUGUAUGCACAAUUGGUCACACAAUUGCAAUGUAAUUGCUGCCGUACGCGUCUCGUAGUUUACGCCGUGCAAGGAAAAGUGUCAGUUAAGUCAUUGAAUAUUUUUCGUCUACUGAUUGCAGGUUGAAAGCAUUUUACCACGCAACAUUCACUUCGUCGAAUCCCCUGCCAAAGUGAUAAACCCGGAAAGCCCGAUAGCUCCUGACGUAAACGUUUUUCACUGCUUUUGGGGCGGAGCUUGGCGACAGUGAAUGUUGUGGUCGGGUGCAGGAGUCAGCCAAGUGUGUUUUGUAAAGUGUCGUUUGUUGCGCUGCCCCGGCUAGGAAGAUGAAGCGACAUCGUUAGCAUCAUGAAAGGUGGUACCACCAUCUGCUUGCAGUCGAUUGGACUUUACCAUUACUUCUAAAAAGUUUGUCCCCGUUCCGAUCUUCCUGCUGGCCUGGGAUGGAAUGUUACACAUUUGAUGGUCGUUGUCGUUGUCCCUGGAGCGCCACCGCCACCAGCCACGACCGGAGCGCAGACAACGGUCCCGUCCGACGGCAACAUGCGGGAAAAGAUUCCUAAAGUGCCCACCGGCUGCAACUAGCCCACGCUGGCAUUCCAACACAUCAGAGCAGCAGCAGCAGCAGCAGCACCAAGUAAAACACAGCCUCUCAUCCCAGCCAACUUUGUUGCUCGAAAAAGAGCAAAAACAUUCACACACCCAACACCACCACGCAGGCAAAUUCGCACGCGUUCGAUGAGCGGCGGACAGAUGCAGACGGCGGUGGGGUGAUGAAAGUGAUUAAUCACCGGCGAGUGCCAAAAGCGGAGGUGCUUCGCGGACGGGACGUGGACGCAUCCACGGCGUAAGAAUCACUCGGACACUUGAAGGCUUUUCGGUUUCGUUACUGCGUUUUGAGGUUGAAGGUGUUUUUUUCUUCUGUUUUUUGGACGAAGCCGAAUAGCAGUGUGAGUGGGCGUGAGUGUGUGCGAGGAAGGAAAUAUUACAAGCCCUAAGGGCAGUGGAAAGUACCAUCAUUGCAGCAAGUGCUCGAAGGACGUACUCAAUAGCUUGCGGGUAAUUGGUAGCUUCGGGGAAGUUUUCAGAGUUCCAUCGCCUAAAGUACUAACGCCGAGGCACUUGUGACGAUUAAAUGUUUUCGUAGAAUUGUGAGAGGGAGAUAGAGUGUGUCAGUGCGUGUGUGUGUGUGCGAGGGAGGCAAUUCAAGAAGUCUGAAUAGUGUUGGUCGCAAUUAGAGUGUGUAACUUCCGGUUAACUGGAAGCUUCACAAGGAGUGGAAAGCUGUGGAAAGCUUUGCCGAAAAAAGGUCCGAAUUUCUUUGGUGGUCGCAGAAGCGUACCUCUUCCCAUAUCCUUCAUAUCCAACAGUGAGAGUGCGUGGAAACCAGGGCCUGCGGGAGGCUUCCGUCCCGACCACCAAGCCAGCCCAACCCCAACACUCGCCGGCAGGUAGUUUGCGCACUUGGAGGAUCAUUGAAAAAUUCCACCGAAUAGUAUGGCUUCGGUCGCCGCUUGGUUGCCAUUCGCACGGGCGGCGGCCAUCGGCUGGGUGCCGAUCGCGUCCCAUCCGCUGCCGGCCCCGCCCGUCUUCAAGGACCGGCUGCGGUCGGAGGACGAGAAGCUCAUCAUCAACGUGUCCGGCCGGCGGUUCGAAACCUGGCGCACGACCGUCGAGAAGUACCCGGACACACUGCUCGGCUCGAACGAGCGCGACUUCUUCUACGAUGAGGACAGCAAGGAGUACUUCUUCGACCGCGAUCCGGACAUCUUCCGCCACAUCCUCAACUACUAUCGCACCGGCAAGCUGCACUACCCGCGGCACGAGUGUCUGCUCAGCUACGAUGAGGAGCUGGCCUUCUUCGGCAUCAUGCCGGACGUGAUCGGCGACUGCUGCUACGAGGACUACCGCGACCGGAAGCGCGAAAAUGCGGAACGGCUGAUGGACGACAAGCUGUCGGAGAACAGCGACAACAACCUGCAGCAGCUGACCAACAUCAGACAACGGAUGUGGCGCGCCUUCGAGAAUCCGCAUACUUCCACUGCCGCGCUCGUGUUCUACUACGUCACGGGCUUCUUCAUUGCUGUAUCUGUGAUGGCGAACGUCGUCGAGACGGUACCGUGCGGGGUGCGGCCGGGCCGCGCCGGCACACUGUCGUGCGGCGAGCGCUACAAAAUCGUCUUCUUCUGUCUGGACACGGCCUGCGUGAUGAUCUUUACCGCCGAGUAUCUGUUGCGAUUGUUCGCCGCCCCGUGCCGGUGCAAGUUCGUGCGCAGCGUGAUGAGCAUCAUCGAUGUGGUCGCCAUCCUGCCGUACUACAUCGGGCUCGGCAUCACGGACAAUGACGACGUGUCCGGGGCGUUCGUGACGCUGCGCGUGUUUCGCGUCUUCCGUAUCUUCAAGUUCUCGCGCCACUCGCAGGGUUUGCGCAUCCUCGGCUACACGCUCAAGUCGUGCGCGUCCGAGCUGGGCUUUCUGGUGUUCUCGCUCGCGAUGGCCAUCAUCAUCUUUGCCACGGUCAUGUUCUACGCGGAGAAGAACGUGGACGGCACCAACUUUACCUCGAUUCCGGCCGCGUUCUGGUACACGAUCGUCACCAUGACCACGCUCGGCUACGGUGACAUGGUGCCGGAAACGAUUGCCGGCAAGAUCGUCGGUGGCGUUUGCUCGCUGAGCGGUGUGCUGGUCAUCGCGCUACCUGUACCUGUAAUCGUGUCCAACUUCAGCCGCAUCUACCACCAGAACCAGCGGGCGGACAAGCGGAAAGCACAGCGGAAAGCACGCCUUGCCCGAAUACGAAUAGCGAAAGCGGGCGCCAGUGCGGCGUUCGCGAGCAAGAAGAAGGCGGCCGAGUCGCGCCUAGCGGCGCAGGAGUCUGGCAUUGAACUGGACGACAACUACAACGACGAAGACAUCUUCGAGCUACAGCACCAUCAUCUGUUGCGAUGCUUGGAGAAGACUACGGACCGGGAGUUUGUCGAGCUAGAGACGCAGUACAACGGGCAGACGAAGCGGCCAGGAUCGCCCUCACCGAUGGCCAGCCCGUCGCACUCGGCCAACACGGCCACCGGAGCUACCGGAUUGCUCCAGUCCUGCUGCGGACGAUGCUGCUCGCAGCGAUAUCAGGAAAACCGGGAGUCUGGAAGGAACUCCUUCGAGGACACGGGCGACGAAUUGGAAGAGGCUGUUGGAAGCAAUGGGGACUGUGAGCGUACGGGCACCAGUGCAGCCAAGUAAUGAACCAUAAAAUAAUGAUCCCUGAUGAACUACACCUCAGCGAAUCAAUGAUGCCAGGAGGACGAUAUUCCGCUACGGGAAAGGAAGAAAUCAUAAUAAACUGCGCGCACCAGCGUAGAGAAUAUCGUUCUGGGUGACUUUUCUCCCCCGAUGGAAAGUGUGGCGUAACGCAAGAUCGUAACAGUAAAUGACGAGCAUAGCACAAGACCCAAGCAUGGAACUGCGCGCAAACAACAACUGCCCCAAACACAGAAAGGAACGCCACAGGGACGCUGAAGAUCCGGUGAAGGAUGCAGCUUUUCCCUUUAUCCUGGCUCAUCUUUGGAAUGAAACGGUAGGAGCGCCAAUAUCACGAACAGAUGCUGACCAAUUCACCAGCAUUCAAAGCAAAAAAGGGAGAACACAGAAAAGUUUAGAAAUUAAUCUUUUAAUGUUAAUUCGAAGUGAUACCACCACCAUGGUCAGAUGCAGGACGUAUCGUGGAUGUCCUGCCAUUGUAUUUUGUUUUCCUUCGGUGGGGUAUGCGAAUCAUUCAAAAAUAAAACAAAAAGAUGCCCACGAUUUGCAAAACAAAACCGACAAAACAAAAACAAAACACUGCUCCAUAGGCCCACCGUGCGGGGAGCGUGCGUUGGCUGCACGGAUAGGAAGGAAGGAAGCAAAACCAAGUGUUAGGCGUGACAACCCCAUCUGCUAGGCGACUACUGUAAGCUGUGGCACUACUUUAUCACAAACUACUACGUAAAUGUACAGUGUUACUCUAUUUCGCAACUCUAUCUCUUAUCUGACGAAGAUUAAACACACAGGCUAUUUUAUCGAAGCAAAAAACCACACACAUACACACAUAGUUAAGGCAGACAGGAUCACAUAGCAAGAGAAUGAGACAGAAAGAGAGAGAGAGAGAGAAGGAUAGAAACUGUCCUGUGUUUUGGUGGUUAAGCUGCAAAACUGUUACUGUUAUAGCGAAGAUCGUAUCGUAUUUUCGGUUGUUUUUUCUAUUCACUACUUAAAAAUGGUUACUCCCCGAAUUAAGACCAGUAAGCCCUGGCUUUGUCCUCGUUACUUCGUGAACUGUUACCUGAAAAUAACCCAACCUGUCCCAGUUUCACUCUUCAUCUUUCUCUCCUUCUCUCUUCCACACCCCCUUUGGAGGAAAUGGUAGCAUAACGAAGUUAGCGAGGAGGCUAUGCAGGAGCAAACGAGGUUAAUGGCAAUGUUCUUCUACUACAACUACUAUUAUCUAUUACUAUUACCGACUAUUACCUAUUAGCUACUUAGGAGAGAAGCGUAGCACAAUGCAUAGUGUGUGGUUUACGCUUAGGCGGUGAACAAUUUAGGAUAGCGCGUUCGAUGAAAAGGGAUACUGCGUUUGCUGUUUAACUAUCUCUCAAACUCCAGGAUACGCUACUUCCUGAACUGCACGGAGGUAACUGAACAAAACACAUUUACUCGAAAGUGGGGAAUACAGUAAGAGAAAACACAUCACACAAACACACAAAAAUAAUAUAGCUUUAAACGGAUUACCAAAACAAACAAAAAACCCACUCAGAAACCCGAAAAGAUACAUACGAAUAUCCCCAGUCUAAUGAGCCAGAAACAAACUGCAACCAAUGACAGCUGCAGAAUUGCAAUAGAAGAGAACUGAACCAGAUUGGUUUUUGUUUGUUAAGCAAAUCACCAUGUUUCCCAGUGCUAGACGUCACAUAUCAAGUGUGAAGUGUUACUGCGGCAGUGACCGCAAUGGAUAGUGGAAGAAAAAGCGUUACUAAAGCAUAAAGACAUGUUGGAAGGAAUUUAGAAACUCAAUGCAAAGGUAAUGCAAUUAUUAAAAGAAGGGGAAACUAGCGAUGAUAAAAUGCAAGUAGGUAAUAGUUAAAGAACGCGAGGGGUUAAAGAAUGAAUGCAAAACAGCAUUUAAAUGUUACGACAAGUUUCUUUGUUCAUUUCUAUCUGUUCUGUUUCGAUGUUUGACUAUGUUUUAAACAAAAUUAAAAUACAGAAUACCGUUUAACACUAUUUCGUUGAAGUUGGAUUAUUAUUGCAUCAAUCAUCUGAUUUUAUUAUAAAAACGUAAAAAAGCAAUAUUUUUUCUUUUUGAUUUUUUUUUUAAUUUGGAACAUUGAAUUUUUAUUUUGAAUAAUUUUUCUUCUACCCGACAGCAUUCGAUUUUAACUAUUAGUCCUGCACAUAAUCGGGCAGGUGGUGGUAGAUGAUGUAAAUAAGAACACCAGUCAGACACAAAGCUAACAAAAUGAACCGUAGAUAUACCAAAGCAUAAACAAAUCUCCUAAAAGGAUGCAUGCACCAGACACUGGGCAGGGAGUUUCUUGCCUGACUUGCGGCAGCCUUUUCCUUUCCUUCGCUCCGUUUCGUUUCCUCUCGCUUUAUGUAUCUUUACUCGGUCGAGAUCACGAGCCACAAAUUAUCACUGUGCUCGCCUGUAUGCGUGUAUCUUUUCCAAUUGCGUAUUUUAACGGUUCCUUUCGCAAAACAUAGAAACGAAAAAAAAAACUACACGUUACUGUUAGAAAAGAUAAAGCACCACUCUUUGUUUCGAAUCGUGUAUGCAUUAAACCAAUCUUCCAGCUAGAACUGUGAAUACUACUUUAAUGAAAGGUAACUUAUAAAUAAUCGAGUAACGUGACGUGAUUGUUGUUAAUUGAUAAUAGAGUAAAGGUGCAAUGAACAGGUAAAAGAAAAUAAUUAAACAAACAAACACACACACACACAAGCAAAUACAUUUUUAGAAUAAAUCAAUGAAAAAAAAAACAAGUACACACACAGAGUAAUGUGUUGAAGAAACGGAAACAGAACGAAAAUCAAACAAACAAAACGAAAAGUAAAUCACUAGAACGUAAUAAGCAAACAACUUACAAGAGCGAGCCAAGUAAUGCAAAGAAGAAAAAAUGGAAGCUCUUUGCCCGAUAGUAUAAAAGAAAGUGGAAGUAACAGAGAAUACAAGAGGAUGGAAAACGAAAAAACAGCAUAGCGUAAGGAAACAAUUGUAAGGCUAAUAUCAAAUAUUGAUGGAUGUUAUAAACAUUAUUGUAAUACUUUUCAAUACAAAACCAACAAAGAGGAGAAGAAGGAAAAACCUGCUGCUUAGAAGAAGAAAAAAAAACCUAAAUAAGAAUAAAUAGCAUUAAGAUGAGCGUACUCGAUGGAAACAAAAACACAAGCAACCAAACUACAAAAUACAUUCAAAUGAUUUUCUUGAUCUUUCGUAAGCCUGACGACGGAAGCUGAGGGAAGAAGCUAGCGACAAAAGAACACUCGGAAACUGUUUCCGUGUUUUUUGGUUCGGUUGUUAAAUUUGCACACCACCUCUGUGGCGUAAUUUGUGCGUGUAACGAUCCAGGAUCUGCACAUCAAAAAAUCCUACGAAUACAAAUACGAAUACACAUAAAGAUUCUUCCCCAUGCGCCCUCCAAGCUUGUGCAUCCGAGUGCGACGCUCUGUAUGUAUGUAUGUGUGUGUGUAUGUGAAUGUUUUCCCUCCUCCAAGUAAACGGAUAACCCGUGUUAAAAUUCCCAGCAAUCAAACGAUGGGUAGCUGUAAUGAAACGAAACAGUGAAACUUAUGAAGUAAUUGUAAGUCAGCUAAGCGAAGCAUUGAACACAGUCUUGACAGUUGACCUGUAAUCAAUUAUUAAGGUGCAGUGAACGUUAUAAGUACUCUAGUGAAUAGUCAGUGGUUCAACGAGAAACCUCUCAGUAAGCUAGACGACAGGGAUGGUUAAGGACGAAAAAGGACAUGACAAUGUUAAAAAAAGAGCCGAUUAAGAGGCAUCAACUCAUAAUUCUAAACUACAUGCGGAAAGAUGCAGAGAAGAGAGAGAGAGAAAAAACGAAUACAAAACGACAUAAGGAAACCCCUAAAUUAAUGUAACGCAAGAGAAUGUUGUUUUCGUAAAAGCAGAAAGUGUAAGACAUUUAACCAACACGCUCGUAAUGAAACAAAGCAAAAAUACUUUAAUAUGAAACUCACAACACGCUCACACAUCAAGCAGCCGGGCAGAAAGAGGAAUAGACCUUUCAAUUGUCCAAAACGAUGGCAAGGAAAAAGAGAAGCAGGUGAAAUAAUAAAAACAGAUCAUUAGCCCAUGUUUUCAAUGGGUAUGGCAGACAGAAUGGAAGCAAAUCUUAGCAAAAACAAAUCCAAAUCGUAAUAAUGAAUGUAUUAUAUUAAUAUUAAAAAGUUGGCGGGAUAAGAGCAAUCCAUACAUCAAUAGCAAAAGCAGCAAAGAGAAAAGAAAAAAAAAUACAUGAGAAUGGUAAAAUAUCCCAUAUCGCCAGGGCCAUCUGACGUUCGGGGACAUCGAAGAUCACGGGAACGGAAAUGACGAAUAGUACAGCAAACGGGAUGGUGGAAAUGAUAAUGGUGUUUGGUAUGUGGAUCUUCAAUGCUUACUACUUCCUGCUGUUGCCACUAUUUCUUGCAUGCUUCUGGAAUAAACUUCUGGAACUGGAGCCAUAGAGGAACUACCCAAUAUAUUAUGUUUUCAUUCGAUUUUCUCAAGCCCUUUUUCAAUGCAAGCAAGAGGAUUUAGUGUUUCUCUCUUUCCAUUAGCACUUUGUAGCAAGGAUCGCCUAUCUUAGCGGUGUGCCAGGAUUGUUAGUCUCCAUUGUAUUAGCAAAAGCAGGGAAAAACAUAAGCAACAUAGCGUGAACCAAAAGUAACACAAAAUACAACAAUACAAAAUACGUAGAUCGUACCGGUGUGUAGGUUGUAGCUUAGAGAAGAAAAAAAAAGAACUACAUCACAAUUAAAAAGCAAGCAAUUAGAAUACAAAUCUUUACAAAACAGCAGUAAACUAGAAAAGAGAGAAAUAGACACGCAAACCAAAAUAGCAAAGAAAUAAUCAAAGCUAAGUCAAGUGUUGUGCAAGACAAUUAAAUGAAUGGUAGUAAUAUUUAACUCAACGAAACAGAAAGAAGAAUGGUAAAACGAAGACGGAAAAAAUGGAAAACUUUUUGAAAGGAUAACAAACGGCGACUUGGGCUUCUUUCCUCGCUUCUCUAGCUGUGUUGGUAUUUGGUGUGUUUUUCUUGGUGUGUUGAAAAGCAGAAGCGGUUCGGACUAUCAAUUCGCUCUAUGCUCAACGCUUCAAUCAGGAAGGAAAAAACAUGCGUGGAUUUUGUAUCCGGGCGAAGGAUAGAAAAGUAAUUGUGUACGGCCCAGUUGCGCCGAUUUAUAGUGAUUGAACGUUUUUCACACCAUCUUUGCUCUACAAACUGUUUGGAGUUUCUUUUUCCAAUGCGCUAGUAAACUACCUAUUGAUUUUGAGUGAAGGUUUGGUCCUUUAGUUCGAUAACAUCGUCCUGUACUUGCAUCAUCAUCGCUUUACUCCACUCCCGGAUCCAUCCCUUGUGAACGUAAUGCUAGGAAUUCAGAGCAACCGUUCCACCAAACGUUGAACAUUGUGAAAUCCUGGACGCAAUAACUAGAAUCAACAAAAUGCCAUUGCAAAUUCUGCGCCAUACCUUUAGAGGGUUUAAAACCAAACGUGAAGAGAAAAAGAAAGCAUAUGAAACAGUAAAAUGAAAACCAAUUCUUAAUGAAUCCAAGCGUAGAUAGAAUGUUUUAAGCGGUAGUAAACAAUAGUGUAAAACGGUGAAACACCCUUAAACCCGCAAACGCAAUGCGAGUCGAACACGGUUCCCCAUACACACAAUCACACCCUUUAGUCGGUUAAUCACACAGAACAAACAAAAGAAAACUCCUACACGAAGCAACACACUCCUUCUCCCUGUUUCUUAUAAGCAUGGAGAGGUGAUAUGUUUUAGUACAGAAGAAAAAAAAAAUGGAUACAAAAACCACAGAAAGAAGAAAAAAGCGUGAAACAACAAAAAAGGCAGGCUAAUAAACAAGCAAAAAAAAACAAGACAGCAAAGCAAAGUAUGAAAUACCAAUUAGAUUUAAUUACCCUAAAUCUUUUGUAAUAAACGAAAUGAAACCAAAAACUAACGAAACCAUAUUCAAACCGAUAACUGCCGGAUUCAGCAAACAAAAAAA